AUGCCCAAGUUAGAUAGGGAUGUUCUUUAUUUAAUAUUCGAAGAGUUACAAUAUGAUAAAAGAACUCUUCAUUCAUGCCUUUUAAUUAAUAGAACUUGGUGUGAAACAAUUAUUCCAAUUUUAUGGAGAAAUCCUUGGGGAUACAAUUUAAAUAUUGAAAAAGAAAAAUUAUUAUCAAAUAUAAUUAUUUCACAUUUAUCAAAUAAAUCAAAAAUUAGUUUAAAACCCAAUAUUAUAUAUCAAAAACCUUUAUUUAAUUAUAUUAUUUUUUGUAAACAUUUAAAUUUAAGUAAUAUUCAAAAAAUAAUCAGUAUUAUUGAUAUUGAAUCUGAAAUGAAAAGUAUUAAGAAAGAAAUUAUUACCCUUUUUAUUAAAAGAAAUACUAAAUUUACUCAUAUUUCUAUACCUUAUAAAUUUGAUUUUCAAUUACAUCUUAUUCCUAAAGCAAAAGAUCAUUUUUCAGAUAUUAAAUUUCUUAGUUGUAGUACUUGUGUAAAUAAUAAUAUUUUAAUUGGAAUAAUGAAAAUAUGUAAAUCUAUUGAAGAAUUGGAACUUAUUGUUGGUGAAGAUAAUAAUAAUAAUAAUGGAAUUAUUAAAUUAAUUAAAUCCCAAAAAAAUUUAUUAAAUAUCAAUUUAAUUUAUCCUUCAUACACUUAUGAUGAUAAAUCAUUUGGUGAAAUUCUUGAAAAUUCAUUGAUUAAUCAUUCAAAUACUAUAGAAUAUAUUAAAAUAAAUAAAUCACCUUUCACUAAAAUUCUUACAUCUUUCAUUAAUUUACAAGUUUUAGAAUUGGAUAAUAUUCAAAAUACAACAUUGGAUUAUUUGGAGAAUUUAUCUUUACCUUAUUUACGUAUUUUAAGAACUAAAAGUGUUUCUAUCGAAGUUUCAACAAUUUUAAUUAAAAGUACAGGAGGUUUUCUUAAUGAAAUAAAAAUUGAUUCUACAUUUGGUAAUGUUUAUAGUAAUAAUAGAAUUAUUCAAGCAAUUUAUAAUAAUUGUCCUUUUCUUAAAUAUCUUAAAUUAAUUCUAUUAAAUGAUAAUAUUUCAGAAUUAGAAAAAUUGAUAAUUAAUUGUAAUUAUUUAAAUGGAUUAUUUAUUAUUAUUGAUAGUUUAGCAGCAUUUGAUUGGGAUAAUUUAUUUAAAAUAUUAACUGAAUCUUCACCAAAUAGUUUAUUUAAAUUUAAAUUUUAUUCUUAUGUAUCAAUUAAUUUAGGUUCUUUAAAACAAUUUUUUGAAAAUUGGAAAGGUAAACAUCCCAUGUUAUUACAAUUAAGUCGAGUAAAAAAUGUUGAAGAUUUGAUAGUAAAAUAUAAAAAGAAAGGGAGAGUGAAAAUAUAUAAUAAUAAUGUUAAUUUUGAUGAAGGAUUUGAAUGGAUUUAAUUAACCAAGUUAUUUAUUUAUUAUAUAGUACAUAUUAAAUAUAUUAAUACCAUGUUUAAAAUUUUAUAUCUAUUUACAAAUUUCGUCAAAAAUUAUUAAAUAAAAUAUUGAAGUGAAAAUUUGUAUUUAAA